UUCAAGUUCUUCAAGGUAAGCACUAACAUUCCUGAGAUUGCUGCAGUCUUUUCACCUCAUUGUAGCUAAGCAAGAUGAAGUAAUAAAAUGAGACUGAAAACCUUAUUUGAAUCUGUGUAAGUGUAAGGAAAUGGAAGGUUCUGUAUAAGGAGGGACAGAGAGAGAGAGAGAUCCAUGAUAAAAUUACUACAGGGCUGGUAAGAAAAAUGAAGAAUUAGCCUGAAAAAAAGAAAUAUUGUGAAGCUCUGCCAACAAAUUAAUUUAUAAAAUGCUCUACAUGUAUAGAUCAAAGUAUUUUAAUGUUUAUUGUUUUGCUUUUUUUGUCAGAAACUAGAUGAGUAAGCAGCAUAGAAGCACAAAUAAUAGUCGUAAUUUAUACCUGCUACAAAAUGAGCGUUUUAUUUUAUGAAGAUAAAGUUUCAUUUUGUGGAGGGAGUUAGCACUUGAGAUCUACUCCUCAGAGCUAUGCAGCAUUCAGUACUUUGUCAAGUUAAUAGCAGCUUACAUUACAUUUAGAGCAUUAAUACCAUUAGUAUAUUCACAAAGGCUCUAAGGAGGGGCUGACACAAAGGCAUUACUGCGGUGAUCCCAAAAAAGGAUUGGUGAGGUACAUGAAAAGUUUCAGGUUUUUUUUUCCAGACUUACAAGCACACUCAUAGGGAGGGAACCUUAUGAAUUUUAUUACUUAUACUUUAUUGAAUGAAUACACAUCUGUGGAUCAUACUGGGAAAAGAGAUUAAUUCAUACUGACUCAAAAAGUAACCCUUCCUGAGUGACGCAUCAUUAUAUGUGAAAUUCUGGAUUCCAGGUAUGCAAUUAAAUGCUCUACUUUUCUAAGCAUCUCAGUCAACCCUCUGGAUAAGUAGCCUGAAUUGCACAAGAGCAAUGCAUUAAAACCCAUGAGCUAAUAAAUGGUCACUAGGAAGUUUACAUGCCCACUGGAAUGACUUACCUGCCUCACCCACCUGAUGUGAAUUAUAAUUGGUCUGAACAUAAGGAGAGGCCUAAAGUUUUCUUUAUAAAUGCUGCCACACAACCAGAACUUGAAGCCUUAUCAUAUAAGCCUACAGUUGCUCACAGAAACACAAAGUCCAAGGCACAGGGAAGCAAGGAAGCAUGGCUGCUGCAACGCAGCCAGGUAUCAACUGGCACCUGAAAGAAAAUGCAAGAGAUCACCACACAAGCAAAUUUUCUAGCAAAGAGUUGACUGUGAGGCGAGGACAGCCCUUCACUGUCACCUUCAAUGGAAUAGAAGAGGCUGAGCAAAACUUAACAUUCACCGCAGAAACAGGUCCAAAACCCUCAAAGCCGGCUAAGACCGAGGUCACAUUUGGUAUCUCCAGCACAGUGAGCAAGGAGAGCUGGAGUGCAGUUCUACAGUCGACCACUUCCAACUCUGUGAGCAUCUCCAUUUCCAGCCCACCUAAUGCUAUCAUUGGACGGUACAAGCUGAGUGUUCGAAGUACUGCCCGUGGCAGCUCCUCUCCAGCAAGCCUUGGCACUUUUGUUUUGCUUUUUAACCCUUGGUCUUCAGGUGACGAUGUGUUCUUGUCUAACAAGGCCGAGUGUGAGGAAUAUGUGCUAGAAGAGUUUGGCAUCAUUUUUGCAGGCAAUAAAAAUCACAUCAACAGCUUUGGAUGGAACUUUGGCCAGUUUCAAGAAGAUAUUCUCAAUAUUUGCCUUUCCAUGCUGGAUCGAAGCUUAAACUAUCGUCAAGAUCCUGUCACAGAUGUGUCUCACCGAAAUGACCCCAAAUAUGUGGGCCGCGUUCUCAGUGCAAUGGUCAAUGCCAAUGAUGACCAUGGGGUGCUGCUAGGAAACUGGAGUGGAAAUUACGACGGUGGGAAAAGUCCAAGCAGCUGGACUGGUAGUGUUGAAAUUCUGCAAGGCUGGAAGAAAUCAGGAUUCAAACCUGUUAAAUAUGGACAAUGUUGGGUUUUUGCAGCGGUAUUGACUACAGUGCUUAGAUGUCUGGGGAUUCCUACUCGUACAAUUACAAACUUCAGCUCUGCCCACGAUGCAGAUGGAAAUCUGCGUGUGGAUGAGUUUUACGAUGCAGAUGGAAAUCAUUUGGACAGGGCAGCUGACAGUAUAUGGAAUUUCCACGUCUGGAAUGAAAGCUGGUUUUCCCGCAGUGACUUGGGCCCUUCAUACAGUGGAUGGCAAGUUCUGGAUGCAACUCCCCAAGAAGAAAGCGAAGGAAUUUAUCAGUGUGGUCCUGCCUCACGGCAUGCCAUCAAAGAAGGAGAUGUAGAUCUGGACUAUGACUGCCCAUUCGUAUUUGCAGAAGUGAAUGCAGACUGUAUGUACUGGAAUUAUGACCCUGCAACCAGAAAGAAAACAUUAAUAUUCUCUAAGUCUACCGAAAUUGGCCAAAGCAUCAGCACAAAGGCAGUUGGUAGAGAUGAUCGCGUAGAUGUCACCAACGAUUACAAAUAUGAAGAAGGGUCUAAAAAAGAAAGAGAUAUUUUUAAAAAAGCCCGUAAGAAGCUGGGACUUGAGGAUAAAUUUGAUCCUACAGCACCAACACAAGAGGAAAUCGAUCAAAAGCCUGACAUCUCAGGGAAGUUCAAGGUGGCUGGUUCUUUUGAAGUUGGCAAAGAUCUCAAUUUAAUUCUGAUUCUUGAAAACUUACAGUCUGAUGCUAAGACUGUUCAUGUAAACAUGACUGCUUGGACCACCGUGUACACCAGAAAACCAGUUUAUGAGAUCUGGAAGGACUCCAUAUCUGUCACUCUGUCUCCCAAGGAAGAGAAACAAUUUCCCAUUAAAAUAUCGUAUCCUGAAUAUCAACAGCAGCUAACUACAGACAAAAUGAUCCAGGUAACAGCUUUAUGUCAUGUAGAAGGUGGGAUUCAAGUGCUAGUGCAAAGAGACAUCACCCUGGACAAUCCUGCCGUCGACAUACAGGUACUUGGUGAAGCAAAAGUAAAUAAAGAAGUGGAUGUGGAAGUGAUAUUUACCAAUACUAUUGAUGUGGAAGUGAAGGACUGUGUGCUGCACGUACAAGGCAAUGACCUGCUCAGAGGAAUCCUUGAGAUAGCCGUACCACAACUGAAAGCCGGUGAGAAAUCCAGGACAAAGUUUAAACUCACUCCUCUUGCGACAGGUCCCAAAUAUCUACUUGUUAAUUUCUCCUGUGAUAAAUUUCCAGAUAUCAAGACCUUUAAGAGGGUGAAUGUGAUCAAUUAACAUGAAGAUUUACAAUGUAUGAUCUGUGUGUGUAAAAACUGAACAAAAUGUAUGAAAUCCUGUAUAAGAAACUAAUGAGAAAAUUAGCAAAACAAACCCCUAAUUUCCUGUGAUAAGGGGUUCCCAAUGUCAUAUCGCUAGUGUUUUAAAUAAAUGUGUAAUUUUAAAUAAGCUGAGGAACAGCCGAUUCUUCAUUUAUUGUUGUGAUUGUCCCUGUUAUUAAAAAGAGCAU